GUGAUCUGGCGCAGAGCAGAGGAGGUGCUUGGCGCUGGUCGGGCUCCUCCCUUCGUCUUGCGGCCUGCUCGAGGUCGGUCUGCUGUUGUGGCCUCCCGCAGAAUGUGGAUGACGCCCAAAAGGGUUAGAAUGGAAGUCGACGAAGCUCUCGUUUUCCGGCCCGAGUGGACCCAGCGUUACUUGGUGGUGGAACCCCCGGAGGGAGACGGAGCCCUGUGCCUGGUAUGUCACCGCCUUGUCGCUUCCACCCGAGAACGCGACGUCAGGCGCCACUACGAGGCCGAGCACGAAUUCUACGAGCGGUUUGUGGGGGAGGAGGAGCGUGCGGCCCUAGUGGAGCGUCUGCGUCAGGGUGAUUUGUCGGUGGCAGCUGCGUUCACUGCCGAGGAGAGAGCUAUACGUGCAGGCCUCGGGCUCUGCCGCCUGCUAGCCUUGAGGGGUCGCGGCUGGACGGAGGGAGACUUUGUAUACCAGUGCAUGGAGGUGUUGCUGAGAGAGAUGCUGCCGGAUCACAUAGGCGUUCUGGAAGGCAUUGAUUUGUCUCCGGAGAUUACCAGGCAGAGGAUUCUGAGCAUUGACAGCAACCUACGCAGUCAGCUUUAUAGCCGAGCCAGAAACUUCAAAGCCUAUUCUCUUGCACUGGACGAUCAGGCUUUUGUGGCCUAUGAGAAUUACCUCCUGGUCUUUAUUCGUGGUGUGGACCACGACUUGGAGGUGCAAGAAGAUCUUCUGACCAUGAUCAAUCUGACUCAUCACUUCAGUGUUGGGGCGCUCAUGGCGGCAAUUCUAGAGGCCCUGCAGACGGCAGGGCUCAGCUUGCAGCGAAUGGUUGGACUGACCACCACCCAUACCUUAAGAAUGAUUGGUGAGAACUCAGGACUGGUCUCAUACAUGAGAGAAAAGGCUGUAAGCCCCAACUGUUGGAAUGUUAUCCACUAUUCAGGAUUUCUUCACUUGGAACUGUUGAGUUCUUACGAUGUAGAUGUUAAUCAGAUCAUAAAUACCAUAUCUGAGUGGAUAGUGAUGAUCAAGACCAGAGGAGUGAGGCGACCCGAGUUUCAGCCUUUACUAACUGAGUCUGAAUCUGAGCAUGGCGAAAGGGUUAAUGGACGAUGUCUGAACAAUUGGCUCAGAAGAGGGAAAACUUUAAAACUAGUAUUUGCACUGAGAAGAGAAAUAGAAGCAUUCUUGGUUUCAGUCGGAGCCACAACAGUCCAUUUCUCAGACAAGCAGUGGCUUUGUGACUUUGGCUUCUUGGUAGAUAUUAUGGACUACCUUCGAGAACUGAGUGAAGAAUUGCAACUUACUAAAGUCUUUGCUGCUGCUGCCUUUGACCGCAUUUGUGCAUUUGAGGGUAAGCUGAAUUUAUUGCACCGGCAUAUGGAGGAAGAUAAUCUAACAGACUUUCCUGCCUUCAGCAAAGUUGUUGAUGAGCUUAGACAUCAGUUCAAGGAAGAUCACAGAAUAUUUGAUCCCGACCGUUAUCAAAUGGUGAUUUGCCGCCUACAAAAAGAUUUUGAGAGACAUUUUAAGGACCUCAGAUUCAUUAAAAAGGACUUAGAACUGUUUUCAAAUCCAUUUAACUUCAAGCCUGAAUAUGCACCUAUUUCAGUAAGAGUGGAGUUAACCAAGCUUCAGGCAAACACUGAUCUUUGGAAUGAAUACAGAGUCAAAGACUUGGGGCAGUUCUAUGCCGGACUGUCUGCUGAAUCUUACCCAAUUAUCAAAGGCGUUGCCUAUAAGGUGGCAUCCUUGUUUGAUAGUAGCCAAAUAUGUGAAAAGGCUUUCUCAUAUUUGACGAGAAACCAGCACACACUGAGCCAGCCAUUGACAGAUGAGCAUCUCCAAGCCCUGUUUCGAGUCGCCACAACUGAAAUGGAUCCCGGCUGGGAUGACCUUGUGAGAGAGAGAAGUGAAGCAAGUCCAUAAACCUUUGUAGUACAACAGUGAAACAAGAAUUCAAUUUUAAAAGCAAAAAUUUGAUUUUUUUUCAAGUUACUAAUUUGGACUGUUGGAAAACACUGAAUUUACUACAAGAUGUCCAAAUAGAUCACAAUUCAAGUCCUUCUGAAAGUUGCCUUUUUCCAUCUUAUCUGGCAGCGUGGGACUGAAACAUGAGAAUUCCACCUUUUUUAAAAACUUAGUUUAAUGGCAAAGUCCUUGUUUUUAUGGUAUAAUUGAUUUUCAGUAAGUUUAGUAUUGAUACUGUGAGUUAGAAGCAUAGUUUUAAGGUGUUCAGAAGAUACAUGCCAAAAAUUUUAGCUCUUAACAAAGUGUUAAAAAUUCUGAUAUAGUCUGAAACGAUCAACUCCAUAAGUGUGUGUUUGAACCAAUUUGCAGAUAUUCAUGUAGCAAGUUCGUGUGUUUUCUGAAAAGGAACAACUAGAUACAGUGGAAGUAUUUUAACAAAAUGUUUUGAGACUAUUUUUUUAAAACAUAUAUAUCUGAGUCUGAGGUAAAUAUUGACCAGUUUUCUCCCUCUUAGCUUCUCCCAUCCCAGUGAUAUUACUAAUGGAGGAGGUAAUCAAAACUUAGCCAGGGGAGCAAGAAUUAUUUUUAAAUUGCUGAUUUAGGAGGCUUCCUACAAUUUGGAGAUAAGAAUAACCAACUAUUGGGGCUUUCCCCUGGAUUUUUCACAACUGGAGGCUGUUUUAUCAGCCAAUAUAUUAUCAAAGAACUAUGGUAAGUAUAGAAUCUUGAUUGGCAGUUAGUAAUUCUUUUUCUUCAUUCUAGACAGAAGAUUGGCCUAAUCAAAGAGUGAGGAAAAGAUUGUUGUACUUCAGGAGUUGUGAGAUACUUUCCUAUUUGUUUUAUCUGCAUGAGUGUUAAUACUUUAUUUAAAAAAUGUGUUUAAUGGAAACCAUUUAUUUUAAAAUGAUACAAUGUCAGAUUUUGUUAGCUGCUGGAAAUGGAUUUAUUCUAGAAUUUAGAACUUUGCUACACAUUCAGUAAUUAAGACAGUGCAACAAGUAUGAAUAUUCACAUCCCAAGAUGCAGCCUUAUUCACAGAUUUCAGUAAUUCUUUAUUUCUAGCAAGAUAUCUACAACAGUACUUCUCAGAUUUAUUCUGUGAAAAGGCAAUCUUACAGUAAAGCCCAAUAUCUAAAACUGAUGUAAAAACAGACCCAAUUUGUAACUCAAAGAUCCUCAUGCACAAUUUGAAACUCUUGUACUACUAAAUCCUAUCUUGAGUAGUACAGCUUAUUCUGUUUUCACAUAUCCAGCAAAUUCAAGGAACCAGGAUACAAUCAGGAAUUUAGAAGGAACUGGCAUGUCAUAAGUAGACUAAAUAAAUGCUGUCUGUAAGAACCUAAGCCAAAGUUGGAUCAAUGGUUCUCAACCAGAAGCAAUACCCUUCCAGAGGAUUCUGGAAAAUGUAUAGGGUCACCUUUUUGGUUGUCAUAUUUACUAGAGGGUUCUGCUGGCACUUAAGAUCCUUUCCUACUGCAGUGCACAGGAUAUCCUGGUACUAUGAAGAAUUAUCCCUCCCAAAGUGCCAGUAGACUCCCUCCAUUGUACAUUAUCUUAUUUCAAGGGACAGGGCAAAUUACCGGUAGAAGCUGAUGGUAUAUUUGGUAGGCAUUCCCCAUUUGGCUGAUGGAGUGUAUUAAAGAUAUUUAUAAGUUCCAGUAGCUCACAAAAGCAUUAAUAAGUCAGUAAUUAAUACUGAAUCAGAUUAAAAGGUUCUGUCCUGUUCAACAAAAUUAAGGCAGAAAAAGAAGUGGUUUUGACCAGCUAUCAUGGUUAUUAGCAAAGAGUAAACUUAAAUGUCUGCACAGUGAAAACUGAACAGAAAAGUCUACCGGUAAUUUUCCAAUAGCUUUGUGUAUUGUCUUUUGCAGCAAAUGCUUUAUUACUUGAGAGAAAAAUUGGAAGAAUUGAAAGCUGCUUCUGCUUUCUAAUCUUAGUUCCCCAAAUACUGAAAUUGUGUAUAUUUUGUGAAGUUGUAGUAUGUUUUGCUUAAGGUGAUAAUAAAAUUAGUUCGCAUUAUAUAGUCACUGAGUGGGGUGGGGGAAGAUAUAAACCAAGGAUUUUAAAAACUGACCCUCAGUAAUUGAGAAUUUGCUAUAACUAGUCUUGUUUGUAAAAAAAAAAAUGUGUUUUACUGUUUCCUGUAUUAAGUAAUUCUGUAGCUGCAUGGCAGUCGCUUUUUCUUUUUCUUUUUCUUUUUUAUAAAUAUAUAGUUGUUACUGGUCCUGUGGUAUUGGUGAAUAUAGUUAAGUGCCACUUUUUAAAAUCUGUGUCCUUACCAGUUACUUUCCUGUUUCUCCCAUUCUCAUCAGUUUUCUUGAAAAAUGGCUUUCUCACUCUUCCAUAGUGCCAUUACACUGUUCUACCAAGCUCAUACGAUUUUGUCAAUAUUCUUAUGCUUCUUCAAAUACUUGAUUACUUUAGCUUCGAGGAUAUUCUUGCUGCAGUUGGACUUUCUCAGUCUUACUUUCUGGAACCUCUUCUUUUAUGUAUAUCUUAGAAGAGUUGUUUUAACUUUUGUCUUUUUUUUUUCUGGGUGCCUGAUUAAUCUUCCUUGCUUUGUCUCCCAUUGCCUCUCUAGCUGAUCUCUUCUCCUUCCACGGCUUGAGUUACUGUCUAUAUGAAGAUGCUCCCAAAUUCAUAUCUCCUUUUGAGAUUUUUGCUAAAUCCUAUGUCUAAUUGCUAACAUAAAUCCACUUUGUUGUCUUAUACUCACCAUAACACAUCAAUAUCUUGUCCCCAAAACUACUCUCCCUCUAAUUUUCCUUUUCUUCAGUAAAAUGGCAUCACUGCCAGCCAUCUAGUUGCCCUGACCCAAGCUAAAAAUUUGAGUCACUCUGGUCAUUCUACUGUGCUGCUUUCACCAUUGUCUUAGAAUACAAUACAAAUUUCUGUUCAUCUUUCAGAUCUCAGUUUACAUUCUAUUUGAUCACAGAAGCUUCUAGGUUACAUGCCCUGACCAUACACUCCCUAAGUCCCCUGUGCUUCCCUAGCCAUACUUUUAACACUUGUUACUGCUAAUUGAUUACUGUUAGGUGUAAGCUUUAUAAGAGCAGGGGACCAAUGUAAGCCUUGCUCACUAUUAUAUAUCUAGUGCUUAGCACAAUGCCUGGCAUUCCAGUAAAUGUUUGGGCAGAUAAAUAUUUGUGUAGUGUUUUCUAAUCUUUGAAUCUCUUUUCACAGACUCAUUUGACCUUCACAGUCAUUCUGCCUGUUGGCUGAUAGAUGUUAGCUACAUAUUUGCGAUUAAAAAUGAAGCUUCUUUGUGACUAGGGACCUUAUUGUUGUAUUUCCAGAAUUUUGUGCAGUACUUAGCAUGUGGUUUAAAUAUGUGAACGUUGUUAAGAAACAAACUGAGAUUGCAAUUUUCCCUAGUAACCAUAAUGAGUAGUCAGCAUUCAAACCAGGUGUACUCACAUAAAUCUACACUGUAAUAUUAAGUAUAUCCAUGACAUAAAGUCUUAAUUUUUUUCCAAAGGCACCUACAUAUAGAGGUGAAACACUGGACAACUACUUAGAUUGAACUAAGAAAAUACUUGAGUAUUAGAAAAAGACAGUACCUCAUAAGAGCUAACAUCCGUUUUUCCUUUUGUAGGCAUCAACCCUAGGAGAAAAUGCCUUGCUAUUUACUUUCUACUUUCCUUUGCAGAUGAUUUUUGGCUCUUCUGGAAUUUAAAAGUAAGUAAAUUUAACAAAAUAUUAGAAGAACAACAGCCCUUCUGGUCAGUUCUCUUAUUUUCCUACCUGCAGAAUGCCCUCAUCACCUCGUACAGGAGACAACCCCAAAAUAGUAUCUAUUUAACAUGCAUUUUUAGAUUUGCUUAUUUCUUUGCUUUUUUUGUUCCCAUGUCUCUCUGAACUUAAUCUCUGGGUCAGUGGAAACUUUCAGUCUUAAGUAGGAGAACCAGACUCUGUUUCUUUCCUGAAGCCUUUUUCCCAUUUUACAGGAUUUAACUGGUGUCACAGCCUUAACUCAGAGAUCUUGACAGAGGUAUCUUAGUCAUCCAUUGAUUUUAUUCUUGUUGCAAAGCUAGGUUUUAGUGAACCUUGGAGUUAUAGGAUUUCUCAUUUUUGUCUUGUAAGUGAAAAGUUGCCUCCUUUUGAGUUGUACUUGACUUUAUAAAUUCUCUAUUCUUUUUUGUUUCUGUUUGUAAGCUGACCCAUUACUGUCUGGGUUCAUCUCUUCGUAUUAUCUAAUGCAGCCAACAGCAAAAUUGAUUUUCUUUCAUAAAGGGUAGAUUACCUGCUUUCAUCAUCUCAAGUAACAGUUUAACCUCUCCUUAAUGAAUUACCCUAUGUAAGUUAUUUCUUUAUCCUCCAGUGGCAUUUUCAUGAAUGCCUGUCAGCUGAUCACUGAGACAGUAGAUUCUGUUAUUUUACUUCUUUUAUGGAUGGAAAACUAAUUUAUCAUGUUGUGAUGGGAUAACAACUACAAAUUUUUAGUGUGCAAACACUUUGCAGCUUGACUACAGAUUUUGUUCUAGGAAGGGGUUGCUUGACAACUCCAUCCUGCUUCACAUUUCUCCAAAUCAAGUUCACUGGAAUAUAGUAUUGUGUAUUUAUGAACUGUUUUUGGCUGCUUUUGCCCCAUAGUGGCAAAGUUGAUUAGUUUUGACAGUGUUUUGUCCCACCUAAAAUUUACUUUGUGACCCUUCUGCAGAAAAGACUUCACUAAUCUAAAUUGUCCUUCUGGGGCUCAGGCUGACAAGCAGAUACCACCAAAGUAUGCUGCUUACCUUGAGAAAUAAAAAAAUUAGGGAAAUAACUUCUAGACCCUUAAAGCACAUGGCCACACCCAAAGUUCAAGGGCAGAAAAACCCAGACAAUACUGAUUGACAUGAUUUUAUCGCCCUAUUUAUAUAAUUUCCUUAUAUUUAAUUUUGGUUUGUUUUUCCAUUGAGAUUAAAGUUUAGAGACAUUGCAUGUGUACUCUGGAUUUUUAUGUACACCCAUGAAUGCAUCAACCAGACCAAGGUAGAAGAUAAUUCUGUUGCCCCAGUAGGUGCCCUUAUGCCUCUCAUACAAAGAUAACUGCUAUUCUGACUUCUAUCACCAUAAGUUUUGCCUGUUUUAAAACUGUAAGUAAAAUAAUUACAUGCACUCUUUUGUGUCUUGUUCAACAUUUGUCUACAAGAGUAAUCCAUGUUGUAGCAGCAGUUCAUUUUUUGACUCUGUGUCAUAUUCCAUUGUAUGACUGUACCACAGUUUAUCCAUUCUAAUGUUGAUGGAAAUUUGGAUUGUUUCCAGUUUGUGGUCAUUAUGAAUAAAGUUACUAUAAAAAGU